GUUUUUUUAUAUAGAGCAAAAACAUCGAAAAUUAAACAGAUCCCAACUGUGCCAGACUGAGUGCCAGACUGCCAGUAUUUUUUGAAAAUAGCGGGCAGGCCCUGAGACUCUUAGAGCUGAGGCCAACCACUCUGUCAUAGAUUUCAUCAUUUCAAAAGGUUUUGCUUCUUCAUGGCCAACAAGUCCUACGGACUUGUCCGUUCUACGUACAGUCAAACCUCUUUAUAUGACCACCUCUUUAAGAUGACCACCUCUUCAUAUGACCAAUUUUUCUUUGGGCCAACCCCCAUAUAUGUGAUAGGUCUUUUUGGGCCGGUCCUGACAGCCUGCCCUUGGUGGGAACUUGGGAGGUCCGACUAUUGUCAGCACUGAGCACUGAUUGAGUUAAAAUUUUAAAUUUGUGGUUCAUCGUGCUCCGACCAUGGGGUCUACAUGUGUAUAUAUUUCACCUUUCACCUUUGCUUUUCACUGGCACGUUCAUACAUAGACUAGUACAUGCUACAAUAGAUACUGAUGGGAGACGCUUCUAGUGGUGGACAAUGUUGUGCGAAAGGAUGCACUAUAGCGCACCCAGUGGGUGGUGCACACAAGUGUGCUGCUUGCGAUCGAAGUAUGCAUGCCUUGUGUGGCGUGCAUCUUGGUGAGGGAUUUGGUUCAAAUUCAAUUGGUUACUGCCUGUCUACUGAUAAAUGCCAGCCACCGGAGGACAAAUCAGAUCAGACAACUACUGAAUCAGAUACAAUGCAGGAAGACGACGUGGCACAAGCUACGCCUAAGCAGUAUGCAUUGUCUGAGUUGAAUGGAGCAUCUAGUAUACUGAUGAAUAAGCUCACUGAAAGUGAGAAGAAGAAGACAUACCCACAGACUGUAUUAUCUAAAGUAAAGGACAGAACAUUUAAGAGGGUCAAUCUAACAGAUAAAGACAAAGGAAUUAUCGUGCGCGCAAUCAAGAAAGUGGGAUACAGCUUUGACAAGUCCUGGAAAGAGACUUUUCGUGAGGAUUUAGUCAAAGAAGCCGUGCGAGCUGCGCGUGAAUCAUUCGGUGUGAGUACGAAAACAAUACGGUUGUGUAAAUAAACAGAAGAUUUCCACAAGAG